AUGGAACAUAUGUUGGAGAAAUUUCCUCCGUCCCUUUCCAAUUGCCAAAAGGAUUUCUUCCUAAGUCAACUACUUCCUUAUGAUCCUAAUGUUAAGAAAGAAAGGAAAUUAAUCAAUGGCCUCAAAGAAUAUCUAGUGCUUCUAAUAGCUACAGAACAUGUUAUGGAAAUGCUGAGUAAGCGUGAUAUCAAUAAGCUUGACCCACUUGUGGGAGAAAAUGCCUGCCAAAUUAGAGCAAUUCAGACAGCCCUUGUCUUCCUUAAGCGUCCGUUAGUAAACAGCCAAGUUCUUUAUCCAAGAUAA